AUGCACCCGAUCAUCGGUUGCCAAGGUUUACCUAGAAGCGACGCAGAUGCUGUAGCAACCUCUGCAGAAACUGAUAGCCAAGAGGCCGGAGGCCAAGAGGCCCACACCUCUAAGGUUGCGAUUACCAAGGAGGAGACGACUCAGGCAUCAGGGUCAGUGACUAUUGCUUUUGCCAACUUUGUGGUUAGUAGUUUUGCUUACGUGACAGACCCCGUGAGUUUUGAAGAUGUGGCCGUGUAUUUCACCGAAGGGGAGUGGGCCCUGCUGGAUCCAGAGCAAAGAGCCCUCUAUGAGGAGGUCAUGCAGGAGAACUACAGCAUCGUGGCCUCCCUGGCCAGAAAUGCAGGAUACCUAGUUCUAAAGCCAGACCUGAUCUCCCGCCUCGAAGGAGGGGAGGUGAUUUGGCUACCUGAUCCUCCAGAGAUCACAGAGAGGCAGGCAUCUUCCGGCUCCAGCUCAGGCUUUGAUCAGAGAAAAAUACUGACUCUGCACGAGAGAAUCCACACAAGAGAGAAAGUGUUCAGUUGUCUAGAAUGUGGGAAAGGAUUUAUAACAAAACCUAAACUUAUUCGACAUGAGAGAGUCCACACUGGAGAGAAACCAUACUCUUGUUCAGAGUGUGAGAAGAGUUUCAGCGAAAAAUCAAGCCUCCGUCAACAUAUGAGAGUCCACACAGGAGAGAAACCGUACGAAUGCUCACUCUGCGGGAAGAGAUUCAGGCAGAGAUCGCAUUUUGUUGCGCAUGAGAAAUUCCACCCUGGAAAGGAAUCCUAUGAGUGUUCAGAGUGUGGGAAAAGCUUCAACAAUUCCUUAAGUUUGCUGAGACAUCAGAAGAUCCACAUGGGUGAAACCCCCUAUAAAUGCUUGGAAUGUGGGAAAAGCUUUGCCUCAAAGCGCAGUCAAGAGCGACAUCAAAGAAUCCACACAGGAGAGAAGCCAUAUCAGUGUCGGGAUUGUGGGAAGAGGUUCCGUUUCAAAGCAAACCUGCGGACACAUGAAAAAGGACACACUGGAGAGAAGCCAUUUAAAUGCAUGGAGUGCGGCAAAAGCUAUUUUAGUAGUUCAGGCCUCAUUAACCACCAUAAAAUCCACGCAGGAGAAAACAUCUAA